UAAGACUGUGCUGCGGUUUUAGGUUGCUAGCGUUGGCUAGCUUAUCUAGAUCACUAGAUACAUAAUAAAGCUACACCGGUGUAUUGCCUUAAAAUGGCCUGCAGAUAGAUUUUAGAUUCUGUUAUUCUCUGGUAAAAUAACCCAGAUAAUAGCCAGCGGUCCGAAUAAUUAGCUAGCUUGCUAGUCCUAGAUGAUAUUGCACCAUGACCGCAGGAUAGUGCUAGGAUCAACUAGCCAGCGUUAGCUGACUUGGCUACUGAAUGAGGUGCCUGUUAAAUUGUUUUUGGCGCAGGUGGUCGUUUAAUACGAGCAAACUGCGCCACUGACUGCACAAGAUGGACACGGCGGUUAAAAAGAGCAAUAAAGAGAACACGAAGCCAGUGGCUUGUCAGAAAAUUCAAACAAGUAAUGUCAUAUCCAGGCAGAAGCUGAGUAAAUCUGUGCCGUUGAGAUCAAAAAAUGACCCGAAGGAAGAACAGGGGGCUGGGAACCCUGGAGAGGAGGCUGAUUGUAAAAAAGAACAGGUGCUAACCCAAACCAACAAGUCUGAUCCUAAGAAGAGGAAAACACUAAGUCAGGCCUUCCGCACUGAACAAUCAAUGAGACACAGAAAACUGGUGGAGCAGAAGCCCCCUUCGACUCUUCCUCCUAAACCGGUCCCUGGCACCUACAAAGGCAGAGUGGUGAAGUCUAAAAUAGACUGCUUCAGAAAGCCCCUUAGUGGGGAAGAGAAGAUGGGCCAUGUAACAGCAGUGGCUAGACCUGGGCUGGGGACUUUGUCUAAAGCUCAUUCAAAGUCUGUGAAUACGUUGCCUGGAUCCUCAAGACCCAGACCCCAGCCCAAUUUGUCAAGCAAACCCAAGUCUGUGUCAGAUCUGCAGUUAAACAUAGCAGAGAAACCAGCCCAGAGGUGUGUGUCUCAAAGACGAAUGCCACCAAAAGCUCCAGCGUCCAGCCGACCUGUGGUGCCUCGCUCACUGUCUGUCCCCCCGAGACCACCUUCAGGCCCUGCUGCAUGCCCCAUCUCCAGCAAGCCCAGCUCGUUCAUCAGAAAGAAGGAGCCAGCGGUGCAAAGCUCCAAAGCCAAACCUGCAGUAGCUGCCUCUGAGUACGAGGUUCCCAGGCCCGCCCCAAUCGCCAUCAGCCAAUACAGAGUACGUGUGGAGACAGCUGAGCAGAGGAGAGCAAAGUUGGCAGAGUGGCUGGCAUCAAAGGGGAAGACGCUGAAAAGGCCUGCAAUGACAGAAAAGGCAGCAUCUCAACCAUGCAAACCAGUCCUACGGUCCCAGGCUGAGCAGGAGUCUGGUGAGGCUGCACAGAUCCAGGCACCUCCUGGAUAUGAGGUGACUGAGGAUGACCAGACUCAACACAAGGAGGUCCAGCACAGUAAACCAGUGUUCUCCGGCAGCCCGUGCCAUAUAAUGAACACGACGCUGGAUCUGCUGGACAACUCCGACGUGGAUCUUCCAGCAGAUCCAGAGAUCAGAAUGGAAUCGCUGGUACUUAACUUAUGCGAUAAGCUGGAGGCAAUGGAAACCCUGUCACGUGAGAGCGAAGACCCGCACACGGAUGAGACAGAAAUUUUGAUUAAUGUCACUUUGAAAGAAGAAAUAGACAAAGAAUACGAAAUCCUGGAAGAGAAAUGUCUUGAUGUAAAGGAAAAGUCAGUGAAUGUUGCCACAGUUGAUGAGGAGGAGGUUAAGAAUGAACCCAAAGAGAAGGUUCUGGAGCAACAAGAGAAGAAGCCAAUUAAAGAAGAGGAAGAGGAAGAGGAAAGGAAGAUGGAUUCAACACCUACAGAGGUUACAGGAGCAUCUGUUGUGAAGUACAGUGUGAAGACGACACCAUUCCUGCAAAGUGUAAAGAAGAGGAUUGAAGGACACACUGUGGCAGGCAGUGGCCCUCGCUGUAAGAGCGCCAUCAAAGACCUGAAGUUCCUCACACCUGUCCGCCGCUCAUCCCGUAUCCAGCGCCAGUCCUCCCGCCUACCGGGAGUUCUCAGCGAACACGACCCCUGCGUCUCCUCGCUGGCGGAGCUGGUGCAGCUGGACGACGCAGACUCCAAUGCGUACAUAUACAGGAAAAACCCCGCCUUGCUAGGCCACCUGCCUGACCAGCCCAGCGACUUGGAUAGACUGUCAGCUGAGAGAAAAUGAGUUAAAAUGACAAAGGACCAAAAGAGUUGGCAUUGAAUGUUUUUCACCUGCAUAUCUAGCUAGUAAAAUGUAUAAUGAACACUGAUAAACAUCUUUAUCUAACACUAUUGGUCAUUUAAAAGUUGCUUUAAGUACACUAGUAAGAUAAGCUGCUACAAUGUUUUAACAGUCUAAACUGCCAAGUGACUUGGCUGGCACAUCUCAUUCUAAGUUAAUAUUGGUACUACCCUCCCAUAGCCUAACAGCCAUUCAUAACCCUGCAUGCACGCUCAACAGAAUCCUGAAGCAUAAACAAAUUGUUUUUAACAGCACUUUCCAGUGACAUCUCUUGGAGGCAAAUAACCUUAAGAAUUGUUUCUUAAUAAUUUGUAGGUAAACUGACCAUAACAGAUGUUUGCUUUUUUAAUUUAAAAAUGCCAUGCUUAAAGAAAAUGGGGCUCCAUUUGACUGUUCCAGGGUGUCUGCUUACGUUGUGUUUUCUCCAGCUGUGUAUAAAAAGUUAGAGACUGUUACUUUGUCUACAUCUUGUAGAUUGGCCUUCGACACCUAGGAUUUGACAUCUGAUGAGUCAUUGUAAAGAGAUUCGGGCACGUUCAUUAUGCAACUAAGGUUUCUUUAAAU